AUGAAUUAUUUUUAUUUAUUUAUACUACUUCUUUUUUUAUAUACGGAAUUAAAUUUGUGUGAAAAUGAAAAAAAAGAUGAAUUAUUUUCUAACAGUGAAUUAGAAAAUAUAGGGGGGAGUGCAGGUGGCAUUAUUACGGGAUCCUCAAAUUUAUCCGCACACACAAAUCCUCACCCUUCCACUACUAAUGUUGCUGGAGAUAUAAUUCAUGGUCUAAAGAGUGCUUCACCCCCAAUUGUUGAAUUAAAUGAAGAAGCUUUAAUUGAUCCUGAUAUUGUUUGUGAAAGGGAUUAUAAUAUACCAUGCCCCGAAGAUUAUACUUAUAUUGGAUCUGUUCAUAAAAACGACGAUGAGAUAUGUGCACCAUCACCAACUUAUGAUGGCCCUUGCAUAGGUGAAGAAUUGAACAUAAAGAAUAUGUCUGAUGCCAGAAAGGAAAAUUGGUCAAUGAAAUGUAAAACAUCAUGGCCUUGUAGAAAAUGUGUAAGGGAUUACACUUCAUUUUGUCCAGAAAAAUGGAAUAAAGUGGAAGGAACUAUAAGAUCUUGUAAACCAUCUAGGGAUUAUAUGGGUCCCUGUAAAUAUCAGAUAAAUUUUUCUGGGUACAAUAUAGAAAUGUUAAGUGACUGGAGCUUAAAAUGUGAAGCUUGGUGGGUAUGUGAUCAUAUAGAUUUAUUCCCUGAUUGCCCAGAUAGUGAUGUACCUAUUACUGCAGCUGCUACUAGAUGGAGAUUGAUGAAGAAUUAUCAGUGA